AUGAAGGGCCUGUUCGUGGCCUCGGCCCUUUUGGCAUCAUGUGUCUCCGGGCAUAUACAGAUGUCGAAGCCGUAUCCCAUUCGAAGCCCGCUGAAUCCGGACGCGAAUGACCAAAAGGAUUACUCCUACACGAACCCCCUGUCAUCAGAUGGACAUGAUUACCCGUGCAAGGGAUAUGCCAAUGAUCCUUUUAAGUCUGUUGCUGACUAUACACCCGGCCAAACAUACGAACUUGAACUCCAGGGCAGCGCGACCCACGGCGGAGGUUCCUGCCAGAUUGCUCUCUCUUAUGACAAGGGCAAGACCUUUAAAGUCAUCCAUUCAAUGCUCGGAGGAUGCCCUCUCACCUCCAAGUAUAACUUUCAAAUUCCCUCGGACGCCCCGUCUGGUGAGGCCCUCCUGGCCUGGUCGUGGUUCAACAAGAUUGGAAACCGCGAGAUGUACAUGAACUGUGCUAUGGUUACCAUCAAGGGUGGUUCUCAGACCCGACAGCACGCUCGCGACCUGUCUCCUGCAUUCUCCCGCCGGGCUGGCGGCUUUGACAGCCUUCCACCCUUGUUCGAGGCCAACAUCAACGGACCCGGCAAGUGUAAGACGAUUGAAGGCCAGGAAGUGAACUUUCCUCUCCCCGGACCUUCCGUCGAGGGCUCCUUGAGUGGCAAGGGAUACCAGUGCGAAAGCAAUGCGCCUUUCCUGGGCAGUGAGUCGAGCAGCAACAGUCCCAAGGCCGCUGCGUCCGAUCAAGCCGUUGCCUCCACUGCUACAUCUUCAAGUGCCCAAUCUCCAUCUACACCUUCAAGUUCCCAUCCUGUGGUGAAACCGUCAAGUUCGCAUUCUCCCGCGACACUCUCAAGCUCCCAUUCUGUGACUACGCCCUCAGCGAGACCCACUCGACUCCAUGCACCCCUUCGCGAAAGGCCGAUGCCUUCACAGUCCUCCAGUCCUGAGUUCAUUUACAGCCCUCAGUCCCAGUCUCAACCCACCCCAGAGUCUGGUGGUUACUUGCCUGAGAGUCAAUCUAGUCCCGAGUUCGCAUACAACCCGCAGUCUGCAUCCCAGGCCGCCCCACAGUCUGGCUACCGUCCUCAGUCAUCGUCUCAAGCCAGCCCGCAAUUAGGUUAUGACUCUCAAUCCGCGUCGCAAGGAAUCCCACAGCCAGGGUAUCAGCCCGAGAUUCAGUCGACCCCGGAGUCUGAGUACAGCCCUCAAUCCUCAUCCCAAGCCACCCCACAGUCUGAGUAUAUGCCUCAGUCUGCAUUCCAGUCUACCGGGAAUUCCGGGUAUGAGCCUGAUAGUCAAACUUCUCCGGAGUUUGGGUACAGCCCUCAGUCAUCAUCUCAAGCCAGCCAGCAGUCAGGCUAUAAACCUCAGUCCUCGUCUCAAGCAAGCGCGCAGUUAGGGUAUCAGCCCCAGUCUUCAUCUCUUGCAACUCCGCAGACUGGGUAUCAGCCUGAGAGCCAGUCUAACCUUGAGUCUGGUUACAACCCGCAGUCUGAAUCCCAAUUUAUCCCACAGUCUGGAUAUAUUCCUCAGUCUGCGUCCCAAUCACCCCCGGAGUUUGGGUACAGCCCUCAAUCAUCCUCAUCCCAAGGCACUUCGCAGACUGGGUAUCAGCCUGAGAGCCAAUUCAAUCAGGACUCUGGGUACAGCCCUCAGUCUGCAUCUCAAAAAGCCCCAGAGUUUGGAUACAAGCCCCAGUCUUCUCAGCCCGCUGCCCAGUCUGGAUACCAGCCUCAGUCAUCAUCGCAGUCAUCCCAGUUUAGCCAAUCUGCCCCACACUCUGGAUACCAGCCCCAGUCUUCUCAGUCCGCGGCUGAGUCUGGGUACAAGCCUCAAACUGAGUCUCAGGCCAAGCCCCAGUUUGGGUAUAAGCCUGAGCCAGAGUCUCCACCCAAACCCAAGCCCAAGGAUAACCCCGUACCUGAGCAUGCCCCUGAGCCGAAGCCUGCCGAAACUGCGCCUGCACAGGGAUUCUCAAAGACUUGCGAACACGGCGAGAUACUGUGCGGGGCCGAUGGUCAGACAUGGGCGAAGUGCGACUGGGGCAAACCUGUUCAGAUGGGACCUGUUGCCGCCGGUACGCGCUGCAGCCACGGUGUCAUCGAACGUACGUAG